AUGUUGUUCUGGCUGUCCGUCUUCGCUCUGUCGGCAUUACUGGUAAUGUUGACAUUUCGGUACCGUACCAACCUCAUCCCCUACGUCCCCGAGCCGGUCAAGUCUCUCUUUCCAAGACUCGGCCACUACGCUCCUUUGUCCACCUUUGCUGACCAAGCCAAUGCGGGUCUGACGUCGUCGUCGUUCGACAUUGAGGCGAACAUCAGGGACGGGGACUCUAGGGCUGGGCUGGAUGAACGUGGUACGCAGGAGGUGCUGGACAUCAUGCGUCGUGAACGGGUCAACUUCGACCAGGCCAGGUUGAUUCGCCAGAAUCAGAUCCUGGCAGCCAACGGCAUCGACCCCUCUGGAAUGCCGUUGGAUGCGAAGGCUGUGACGAGACUGUGA